AUAAGCGCGAUUUCUAAUGUGAAUGUCCGUACAGAUAUUGAGUCACGUGAUUAAUAAACGAGAUUUGACAUUUACAGACGAUUUUGAGGAAAUUUGUUGACAUUGGAUAUUGCAAAGUUUGUUAGCAUUGGAGAAAAAUGGCUUUAAUUGCUGGAAUGAGUGAUGUACGGGUCAUUAUUACAGUGUUGGCCAUAGGAGGGUGCAUUCUGACUCUUUAUCCAAAGGUGUUUUCUCCUAUAAUAAUGAACUUGUUGGGGGCAACGUCAAAAGAUAAAGCGGCUCAGCACAACCAACCGAAAACACCACCAAGAGCUCCUCGAGGGCCUGGAGGGGGAAGAAAUGAACCGCCUGUGGGAAUGCCACCAAACAUGGAUGCAGAAAUUGAAAGGCAUAUGAGGCAAGGACCACACCCUGGAAUGCGACAUGCAGCCGAGAUGAGCAAACAGCAAUCCCGAACAGGAAGCAGUGGUAGAGGGGGCAUGAUGGGAAUGGUGCUGCCUGUGUACGCUGUGGGGAUCAUUGGCUACCUGAUUUAUACACUGGUCAAGGUCUUUAACAAGAAGAGUAAAGGAGAGUAUGACCGAAAGCCUGGAUACGAGAGAGUGAAACAGACGAGUCCAAACACGUCUGAAGAAAGCUCCACCAUAGAGGAAGCGUCACUGAGUGAGCUGAAGGACAGCAGUGCUAAGCUCUCCGAGCUGGAGGAUCUGUUGUCAAAGGCCGAUGAUAAAAACAUCAGUACUGAUGAAAUGAGAGCGCUUCAAACAAGGCUGGAAGAAACUGAGAAACAGAUGGCAAGAAUCCUGAAUGCCAUGAAGUCUGUCUCCUCAAAAAUGACCGAUGUCAUUGACCCCAAAGAAGAUGGUGCAGAUUCUGAUGAAAAGGUGAAACGUGAUUCAGAAAAACAGUUGCAGAAGGAAGAGGUUAGUGAAGGGGCACCUACCAACAGUGAAGGGACACCUACCAACAGUGAAGGGGCACCUACCAACAAUGAAGGGGCACCUACCAACAGUGAAGUCAAAAAGGAAAACGGAGAACAAGAGGAGGAAGUGAUUCUUUUGGAAGGAGAAAAGGAAUCUGAAGAAGAGUCUGGUAUCAGACAGAGAAAAGUACAUGUCGAACAAAAAGAGGACUAAAGUGGUUUCUUUUGGGUUGCAGUGAUUUGGUGAUGUGCAAUUGAUUAACUACAACUGCUGGACCUUUUCAAUAAUUUAAGAGCUCAUUAAAACUGACAAUGAUGCAUGUUUGAAUUUUGAUCUUGUGCAUUUACUACAAGCACAGAACGAACCAUGGAAUCACGAUAGAUAGGUCUAUUGGAGGCUCGGCAUGAAUGAAGUGCUGUAUAGUGGGAAAUUUUUGCCCACGCUCAAAGCAUGUUUUACUUCCACCCAUUUUGCCUGCUUCCUGAAUGUGCAAAUUCAAACUGAGCAAUGGUCAGUGGAUUUAGGUGAAUUUUGAAUGGGUCAAAAUUUUUUUUUUUAAUGUGUGGGUGAAAAUUUUCUGGUUCACAGUAUUUAUGAAUUUAUAAAUUUGUUGAAAUACAUAUUCUUCUCAAAUCAUAAAGCCUCUACUGAUAUUAAUUUGUACAUUUGAAAACACUCAAAAAAAUCACAACCAAUAAUGCUAUUGCUUUUUGGUCUGAGCUGUGUUUCAUGAUCUCAUGUAAUUCUGAAGAAAUUGAAUUGUCUAUUCUAUCAUUUUACAAGGAAGAUUUUUGUUUUUAAAUGUUGAAGCAUGAUUUUUAUGCUUGUUUAAUCUAACAAAGUCCUGUGAUAUUAUGAAAAGGUCUUCAGAUUUGAUUGCUUUAUGUGUUGUAUUGUGAAGUUUAAGCAUCAGGCAUCCCAUGUCUGUGUUCAACAACAGUUUAAUGGCUAUUGAUUUCUUCUGCAAAUGCAUUUCAUAUUGCAAAAAUAAAGAUUUGUUUCCAUUGGAUUGUCAAAUCAAAUAGAAUCUCAGCUUGAUCAAAUACUUUGUUUGCACAAUACACAAUUAUUAUUAUUAUACUAUUUACCCUGUCUUUUACAUAGGCACAGUGUGUGGGGUGUUUUUUUUUUUUUUUACUGUUCAUCAAUGAAUUCUUUUUAUAUAUAACAGCAUAAUAUGAUAUAUCAUUAUUUCCUUUAUUUUACCAUGAUUACCAUGUGUUUAAUUUAUGGAACAUUGGGGUUGACAUCUGAUGUGUUUGGCACUGGGUCUUUGAGGUAUUUGAUAUGUAGUUCAGUUAGAUCAUUUAGUUUUAUCCACGUGUGUGUAUUGUGACUGCUGUUGUGUGUUACAGUAAAUCACAUGUCAUUUGUGAGGCUUUAUUUCUGUGAUCUUGUCAGCGAGACUUAUUUUUAGCAAACAUUCAAUAUGUUCAUCACUAUAUUUUAUGUACAAUGUUGUUGACAGGAACCUUAUCGUAUCAAGACAACCUCAUAAAAUUAUAUCGAGGUGAAGACCAUGUGAAUUAAAAAUAAUCCAUAAUUCAUAGUAAUAUGCUAUUUGUCAAAAAUGUCUACUGAAUGAAAUCCAAACAAAUAACAGACAUUUUUAAUUGUGUUUUAAUGUCAUCCCUGUUUAUUUUGUAUGAAAUGGUCUAUAUAUGCACUGAACAGAAUUUUUGGAAAUAUUUUUUAAAGAGUAAAACUACAAAGAAAUCUUCGUAAGUUUUGACAUAAACAAUUAACUAAAUCUCAACAAUACCUGUAUCUACUGGUCUUUGUAGUUUCUGUUAUUGAAAGAAGGAUAUCCCCAAAUUAUUAGUUCAGACAUGUCCUUUAUUUAUAUCAGAUGCAGAUUUAAAUACUUAAACAUUAAUACAGACUUUAUAAUCAAUUCUUGAAUUUUGUAACUUAAAGGAAAAAAGUUCUUCUGAAAAACCAAGAUUUGUAUAACAUACACCUUCCUUAUAUAAUGAAGACUCAAGUUAAUGUUGAACCAUUUUAAUGAAGAUUCAAGUUUACCACUAAAUCAAUUAUGUUGCUAAAUGUCUUUCGUAGAGAGUUGAACACAGAUAUCUUGAAUACCAUGGACAUGUCAAAGUGAUUCAGAAGUUCCAACCCCUUCUUCUUUAAGUAUUUUACCCUUGAUAUCAGGAAUCCUCAGAUAUCUUGAAGUUUUUUCUCGGUCCCAUCAAGUUUGAGAUAAUAAACUGAAUUUUUGAAAAAUCAAUUUCUGUCAAAUAUCGUACAUGUAUGCUAAAUAUAAUACAUUUAAGGUAUGUUUUUAUUGUAAAUUGAUUUAUCAAAAUAAGAUUUAGACAAAAAGAUUAACAACAAAUUUACUCACAAUAAAAUAUAACUAUGUAAUCAGAUUUCUAUAAAAGGUUUUUGCACGACUGAUUUCCAUACCCUAAGAUGAAGAAUUCCACAUAAUUCAAAAUGCCAGAUUAUUCAACAUAGUAACUCUAAUAGAUAUUUUUAAAUUUCAAAUAACUUGAAGCAAAUUUUUGAAAAUACAUGUAUUUGAAAAUUCAGGAUGUCAACUUUCAACUUUUUUCCCCAAUGUACAUAAGACUGUGAUAUAUCAAGUUUGGUAUGAAAAAAAGGGUGUGUCAGAACAAUAAUUACCUUUUGUAACAGUCCCAAUGAUUAUACACAGUGGUCCCCCUGGACAGCUCAUCUGAUUGGCAAUAUUGUAUGAGAAUUUUUUUGUUAUUUUAUUUACGCUUUUUGUUUGGUUUAGCGCCUUCUGUACAUUUACACUCUGAAUUAUUAAUACUUUCUAAUCACUGUAUAUGGUAUGUCUUGUGUUGUUAUACUUAAUGUCUACAUUUGUUACAUGGUGUUUGUAUGCAUACAUGUAGACUGAAAUUAAAUGUUAGUUAAAGCA